AUGUAUUAGUAUUUAGUGCUUUGCACAACGGCCGCUGUAACCAGCGAAGCUUUUUCGAGGCAAAGACCCUUAAAGUACGUAUAGACGUGGCGCAUUCGUAUGGCAUAUCUACAACGCCGCUAUUAGCUGUCCGGCACCAGUAAUCUUGGAACCAGACCAUGUCGAAGAAGGAGGUCUGCGUAGUGGGCGCCGGGUCGAGCGGACUGACGUGCUCGCGCCAGAUGCUCGACUACGGCUUCGACGUGGUGCUGUACGAGCGGUCCGCGGACAUCGGAGGCCUCUGGGCGUACCACGACGAUGACGUCGAGGGGCGGGCGUCCGUUAUGCGCACCACCGUUAUCAACACCAGCAAAGAGAUGAGCGCAUUCAGUGACUAUCCGAUGCCCAAGGACGUCCCCAACUACAUGCACAACACCAAGAUGCUGGGCUACUUCCGGAGCUACGCCGACCAUUUCGGCGUCACCAAGCACGUGAAGACAAGGCACGAAGUGGUGCAGAUCACGCCUGCCGCCGACUACGAGAAGACGGGCCGCUGGGACGUGCUCGUCAGGGACCUGGAAGCGAACACCUACCGCACGGAUACGUACGACGCCGUGUCCGUGUGCGUCGGCCACCACGUGCACCCGAACGUGCCGCACUUCAAGGGACAGGAGAAGUUCCGCGGCCGUAUUGUGCAUACGCACAGCCUGAAGAACGCCGAUACGUUCCGAGACCGCCGGGUGGCCGUGAUCGGCAUCGGAAACUCAGGGCUCGACGCUGUCGUCGACGCCAGUUACGUUGCCUUCGAGACGUAUCUGUCCACGAGGAGGGGAGCUUGGGUCUCCCGGCGCGUGGGCCCCAACGGCGUGCCCAUCGACAUCUUCCUUAAAACGCGACUCAAGACCUACCUGCUGCGCGCCUUGCCGGUCUCAUUCACCAACGACUACGUGGAGAACUUGUUGAACGGGCUCUUCAACCACGAGGCUUACGGACUCAAGCCUGAGUACCGCUACAACGCGCAGCACCCGACCAUCAACGACGCGUUGCCGAACCUCAUCCUGAGCGGGAAGGUUCGCGUCAAGAAAGACAUCGUCGAGUUCACCGAGGACGGUGUGCUCUUCCAAGGCGACGACAAGGCGACCCUAUUGGACGAUGUCAUCCUGGCCACGGGAUACCAGAUCAAGUUUCCUUUCUUGCCAAAUGACGCGGUGCCCGUGGUGGACAACCAGGUGCAGCUGUACAAGUACGUCUUCCCGCCCCAGCUGAAGCAUCCGAGUCUGGCCAUCAUCGGGCUCGUCCAGCCGGCCGGAGCCAUGUUCCCCAUAUCUGAGCUGCAGAGCCGCUGGAUGGCCCACAUGCUGUUCGAGAAACGCUCGCUCCCUUCGGAGGAAGCCAUGUUGGAGGGCAUCCGCAAGAAGCGGGACUCCAUGCGACGGCGCUACGUCGCAUCGCUACGCCACACCAUCCAGGUGGACUGGAUCGACUACAUGGACGAACUGGCCAGCCAGAUCGGCGCACGACCCAACAUCCUGAAGUACUUCUUCACGGACAACGAGCUCUUCCGCGCGCUGCUCGGACCCUGCGUGCCGUACCAGUUUCGGCUCGAAGGCCCGCACCCGUGGUCCGGCGCACGGCAGGCCAUCCUCGACACCAGCUACAGGGUGAUGUACCCGCUCAACGAUCGAUGCGCCUCCUUCGAGAGACAAAAGAAGGGCCCGUCGGCAUUCGUCUACAUGUUCCUUUUCUUCUUCGUGCUGGCCUUUGCGUACGUACUUUCCGGACUAUGGCAGCAUCCCCAAUAACUGCGCCCGUCGUUGUUCAUCGCCUCCCGAACAGCAUCGUUUCAGCCCAAUUCAAGCAAACUCAAAUUAUUGCGCCCCUCUCCAAUCUUGCGUUCAAUUCAUUCAGUUCAGGUGUAUCCACCAUGUUGAACAUAUUACAGUCGAGCGCCUCUUCAGCGAACGCCUCUACAACCAAAUGACUUGUGUAACAAAGGAUUCCGUAUGUCCCAGCCGAAUUCCUGUCUUUCAUAUGUAUUGUGAACGCCCCUAUAACGAAGAGCACUACAUCGAAUUUGCCUCUACUAUAUAUAAGAAGAAAUUUGUCCUAUUUCUAACCCCUAUCUCCCAACCCCAGUGUAGGGUAACAAACCGGAUGCUAAUAUCUGGUUAACCACCCUGCCCCUCUCUCUCUCUCUCUCUCUCUCUCUCUCUCUCUCUUGACUUCCCCCACCGACCUAUUAGUUACCUUACAAAGAACGCACGUAGCCACACCGCCGAUGCACUCUCGCAGCUAGCCGCCCACGAGCUGUGGUAUUACAUAGAGAGCACUGGCCGACAACACAAGAAAUGCCACGUGGGGGUGUCCGGGCACUGCUGUUACCCAUGGUAGCCCGGUUUCGCCGGGAAACAUGCCGUGAACCUCUCCACGCCAUGAGGUCGACUGAAGUCGCACGUUGCGUUCGAAGAAGUGUUCAGAAUGAAAGCUGCGACCUCUUUAGUUGUAUGCUUCCUGAAAUUAUGUUAAAUAAAGGUUAUGUUUUGUUGAA